AGGAUAAUUCUGUAAGUAGACUACAGAGCAUGGUUCAUAGAAGAUUAAAUGAUUCUUUUUUAGAUGAGUAAAGUUUAUUUAAAACUAAUUAAGAUGACGCUACUUUGAACUAUUAUUUCUAGUACUACUACAAGUUUUCUCCAGUUGUAUUAUUUGAAACCAAGGAAACCAACUAAAUAAAAGUAAAAGCAUAAACAUUCCAUUUUAAUUUUCAGGAAUGAGUCUGCCUAGUAUGUGUUUUCUAUCUAAUUUUUUUCUGAGAACGUUACAGAAGAUUACCCACGAUAUUUGUACUGAGUCAGAUACAUCUUAGCAGUAAUAAAAAUUAUUGCUAUGACUACUUCCAUACUUAAUUUUUAAUACAGAGUUGUAUCUGUAGCAUUUAUAUGGCAUCUCUAUCUAGGAUAAAUAUUUUUAGACCUACUGUAACUGUGAGGUUUUGUAUAGACUUUCUAUUUGCUCAGAAAAAUAAUCUAGUAGCUUUUAAAGGAAACUUGGAGUCAGCUGCUGAUCUGGUUUAGUACUAUUGUUAAUUUUUUACUAGGUUUUUAGUAGAUUGUAGCGCACCCUGUAGCUGUGUUUUGUCCAAGCUUUAAAGUGAUAAUUUUGACAGCAGGAACUAAGUUAAAGUUUUCGUUCAGGUGGGUACAUGUCUAUGUGUGAGUCGGUGCAUAGGCAGAAAUAAAUACUCUUCUCUUUUCUUUUUUUAGGUAUUCACUUGUGGUUUCAUUUGAAUAGUUUGGCAACACAUCAUUCCCUCCAAUAAAAAAUUGGACUUGACCUUUAAAGUUUUUUCAUUUCAGAUAGGAAAGUAGAGUAUUGAAGUUCAGUUAACCUGUAUCAUUCGCUUAUAAUUGAGGCUUUUGUUUGUUCAUUGUGUUUCAUAAGUUUGUCUUAAUGAAGGGGUGUAGAAUGAUUUUUGUCUAGUUUGUUAUGGAAGCAAGCCCAGCUAGCUCUUGUUUCUUUUGCCUCUCCGUAACUGUCAGGUCCAUAGGGUAAACUUUAAUCUAUAAUAUUUUAAAAGUUAUUUUUAAACUAUUUGCUUUUUACUUUUAUAUUGUAUAUGAUCAUGACUAAUUGACUAACCCAGACUUUAACACUUAAGUGUUAAUGAUAAACUGCAGACAAAGUUUAAAUUCCAUGGUAUUAGGUUGGCUCUGGCAUUUUUCUUUUCUUUCCAGAUUCUGGAUUUGCAAUUAUUUUACUCAGAUUUUUUUUCUUUAGCUGUUACAUUCUGAAUUAUAGCACAGUAUUUAAUACCAUUUGGAAUUUCCGUUGCUUCAAUCAUUGCUAAAGAUAAGCAUCUGCAUGAAAAAUAAUGUAAUCAACAAAAUACAUACACUUGUUUGACAUGCACCUCUUAAAGUCUUAGCAAAGAUUCCAGCACAUCUCUUUUCAGUAUUCACAAGGCAAGCAGGUUUUCGUCUUCUGAUCCCAGGGCAAUAAACUGUGUGAUACUUUGCUGUGAAAUAUUUUUUUCUGCAAGAAGAAAACAAAAUAUUUUCAGACCAGUUCAUGUGCUUUGAAACUUGUAUUCAUGUGAAAAAUAAUGUCACACUUGAUGGCUUUUUUCAUGUAAAGCUCCCACAAUCAGCUGUUGAGUGUGUAGCUUCAUGUGAUAUAUCGCUCUUCUCAUAGUGGGGCUUGGAUGGACGGUUUAUGUGACUUAACACCGCUGCUGCCACAAGAAACUAUUUUGCUCCCACUUGGGAGGACCUUUCCUGUUUCUUGCUCUAACUCUGCUUAUCUGGUGUUACAUCUCCUUGGUGAUCCGAUUCAGACCACUGAGCUGGCAGGGUUGGUUUGUUUAUAUUUUUUGCGGAUAAGAUUCCUGGGGUAGUGGGCUGACCAAGGCGGGGGGCAGGCACAGUGGCUGCAUAAGCAAGUGUGGAAGUUCGGGAGGUCGAGGGGAGAGAGUAUGUUCCUGAAGCACAGAAUUGCAGCCAGCUGUUCAAUUGCUUGCUUGUCACGUUGACUAUGCCAUUGUCCCUUUGCUAAUUUUCAAGAUGGUGUUACUUGAGCAUGGGAGGUUUUUUUUGGAUUCUGUUUCUUCAAAAACAUUUUUUUUCAAAAUAUGCCUUUUCAGUGGCAUAGGCUACUUUGUGUAUCUUCCUUGCAAUACAGAUACGGCAGACACUCUGACCAGUUGAGAAGGUGACCUGAGCUGUAGUGCAACUUCCCUAAUUCAUUGCUUGCUGCUCCUAUUUGCUUUUGUAACAGUUCUGUACAAGACUCCUGUAUUCGCUUUUGGAUAAUAUCCCUACUUUGCAAGUUUUCCCUGUGGAAGAGAGAGAACUUUGGACUUUGGUCUUCUGUAUUCAUAUGGAUAAACCAGUUUUUGAGGAACUAAGAAUGGUUCUGCUUAGUAUUGUUUGACUAACAAAAAUGGAACUUUAUUGAGCACUUAAUGCACGAAAAAAUUGAGCACACUGUUCAAGAUGCGACAUCUUCCUAUCAUAUCUUGAUUUUCAACUGAAUUCUCACCUAUCAACACUGGCAAAUAUUCACAAGAUUUACCACACCCUCAAUAGGCUGAAUCUGACAGAGGACGUUGGUCAAGACGAUCACCAGACAGGAAGUCUCCGGUCUUGCAGUUCAUCAGACUGCUUUAGUAAAGUGAUGCCUCCAAGGAAAAAGAGGAGACCUGCAGCAGGAGAUGAUUUAUCUGCUAAGAAAAGUAGACAUGAUGGUAUGUAUAGAAAAUAUGAUUCAACUAGAAUAAAAGCAGAGGAAGAAGUCUUUUCAAGUAAGAGAUGCUUAGAAUGGUUCUAUGAAUAUGCAGGCACUGAUGACAUUGUAGGGCCAGAAGGUAUGGAGAAAUUUUGUGAAGACAUUGGAGUUGAACCAGAAAAUGUAGUUAUGCUUGUGCUAGCAUGGAAGUUGGAUGCACAAAACAUGGGCUACUUUACAUUACAAGAAUGGUUGAAAGGAAUGACAUCGCUACAAUGUGAUACUACAGAAAAAUUGAGAAAUUCUCUGGAUUACUUGAGAUCUUUAUUAAAUGAGCCUACCAAUUUUAAACUUAUUUAUAGAUAUGCAUUUGACUUUGCACGGGAAAAGGACCAGCGCAGCCUAGAUAUCAAUACUGCCAAGUGUAUGUUGGGCCUUCUUUUAGGAAAAACAUGGUCCCUUUUUCCAGUGUUUCACCAGUUUCUAGAGCAAUCAAAAUACAAAGUUAUCAAUAAGGACCAAUGGUGUAACGUUCUUGAAUUCAGCAGAACAAUUAACCUUGACCUCAGUAACUAUGAUGAAGAUGGAGCCUGGCCAGUGUUGUUGGAUGAGUUUGUGGAAUGGUAUAAAGGAAAACAGAUGACAUAGAAGUUUAACUAUGCACAGCCACUCAAGAGUCACUGUUACCACAGUUAUGUCAACCAUUAGCCAUAAACUGCUAUUUGUAUCAAAGUGCAUGCUGCUUUUCUUGCACUGCAUCCCUUUUGCAGGGAACUUUUGAUGUUUGCUAUUUAACAAGCUAGCUAUGCUUACUGUGUAGCAUUGUUCUCUUUGAAGGCUGCUUUGCAUUUUGUAUUUACACUACGAAUUGGUGAACUUGCCAGCGUCUUCACUGUGAUUAUGUGUAUAUUGCUGUCUAAAUUUUGUAUAUGUGUAUAAAAAAAAAAAAGCUUCACCUAGGGAUUAUUUCUGCAGAAAUGUAUUGUAAAAAUAAUUUUGUGGCAUAUUUCUAGUCAUCACUUACAUGUUUGAAACUUUAGUUAUUUUGUUUUUCUUUUGGUCGCAAAUGUAACAUUUGAGAAAAUGAAAUGAACAGACUGCUUAGACAUAGUUAUGUGAAGAACUAUUGUCAAUUUUAAUGUUAGUAUUUGAGAUGCCAAUUUCUGAGGGGAGAAGACAUGCUGUGACUUUCUUCACCGGAGUUCGCCAAACCUGACCUAUUGCUUAACAAGGAUGAAACAUUGGUGUCUUAAAAAAAAAAAUAAUAUAUAUAUAUACAUAUAAAUAUUAAAACACUGUAAUAGUUGUACAUGCCACAGAUGAUUUCCAUUUGAAGAAAAAAGUACUGACUUUUUAAUGUUAAAACUGCAGUAGUCAUUAUAGGUACAAAUGAACAAAUUAAAGUACCUUUUAAAAAUGGGUUUUAGACUUUUGUAAAUUGCCUUUGGCAUACUCUUAAUUUUUGGUGUACCAAGAGUGUUUGGUCUAUGUUGCGAUCUAGUGAAAUUGAAAGUUCUAGCUAAAAUUAGUUGUUUGGGGAACAAAGUCUGCCCACCCCUGGCACAUAGAUAAUACAGGUUUGGGGUUUUUUUGUUUGCAAUACUAGUCUUUCCCAGGGUCUCUAACUUUGUGUUUCUAAGUAAUUAAAAAUAUGAUAGCGAAUAGUCAAAACAUUACUUUUAUUUUCUUGCUGGGGAUUGGAAUUUCCUAGCAGAAUGUCCGUUGCAGGCAAUGGGCAUGUUAAACACCAGCAUUAAAUGACACUACUUUUUAGUAAGGACCACUGCCUAUUUCACUCAUUUCUUUAUAUGUGUAGGACAGUUCUAGUGAUUAUUUUGGUGAAAAUGAGUGAAUGGAAUGAUGUUUAAGUUCUGUAAUUUUGUCACGUUGUCUUUGCCUUACCCUUCUUUAUUAAGUAGUGUUAGUGUUGAGUUUUAUAAAUAGGUCCUUGAAGUAUCCGGUGCUAUUAAACUUUGAUCCCUAAGGAUUUAUUAAAAUAUUCCAUAUUGAUUCACGGAGCAUUUAACAAAAAAGGGCCAGUGGAUGUUUUGGAACGAUGAAUAACAUUACUUUUCUGUAGAAAUAUUUUACAAGGUAUUGGCAGUUUUGAUAUUUCUCUAGAACACAAUCCAGGGGAAGGGGGGGGGAAGUGUUUUAGGUUGAAUGUGAAAUUUUCAGCUGUAUUGAGGGUCUCAUUCUGCCAUCACUGAAGUCAGGAACAACUGUCAUUAACUUGACUGCUUUCAGGAUUAAGCCUAGUUUAGCAAAAGCACAUUAAUUUGCUGUCCUGGACCAGGAGGUUGUAAUUGUGGUGCUACAGGUGGUCAGUUGUGUUCAAAUCUGUUUGUUGUUGUUGUUGGUUUUUGUUUGUCAAACUCAGCUGCCAAAGACAAAAGUCGUUUAUGUGUGUUUGUGUAUAUUUGUAUAUACAUAAAUAUACAAUAGGUAUGCAUAUACAAAACCUAGAAUUUCAUGAUGCUAGGAAGAAAAUACUACCUUUCCCCUUGAAAUAGUCAUGUUUGGAUUUCCAUGACACUAAAUAGUGCUUUUUAAAGUUAAUAGUGGUAAAGCAUAUGUAGUCAUUGCUUUCUCAUGUACUAAUACGCAUAAACUUAAUUCCAUGUUUGAUGCCAGUUUGCACAAGAAUUAAUUCAGUGGAGUGUGGUAUUUAAUGUUUACAAUAAGCCUCUUACUAAAACACAUAUGUUUUAUUAAGACUUCUGAUGUAAAUGUGUAUAUUACCAUAGUAUAACCGUAAGGAAAUAUCAGUGGAGCUGCUGGUUUAGUUCUUAAAAGAAUGAAUUUAGAAGCAAUAUAACUUGUAACAUUAGGCUAAAUUGUGGUUGCUAAGAUAUAAGUGAAAUACUGUAACUUUUCUUAAACGUUAAGCUAGUUACUGACUCUAGAAAAAUGUUUAGCACAAAUUGGCAUGAAUCCUGCAACAAAUACAAGGCUUGCAUAAAAGGUUUUGUAUGUCACAAAUAAUUUGGCUUCCAAGAAUGGAAGCAAGAGCCAAAGAGACUUUUAAUCUAUUACUGUUAUAGGUAUAACUUUCAUAUAACAGGGUCAACAGAAAUCUGUUCAGCUCAACCAGGUGCUCUUUUUCCAAGUUUUGCUAACAAUUAGCAGAACACAAAAUUUAAUUAAAAGCAAAGAAAAUGGAGGAAAAGAAACCCCAGAAAGUACUCGUGCUGUAUAAGUAAACAAACUUCAUUUUUUUUUUUUCUUUGGGUAAAAGUAAUGGGGAGUGAUGGGAAGGAAGAAUGUGUUUGGAAAUGAAUCAGAUAGAUGCUGCAGAUUUUUUUUCUUCCACUUGCAAGCAGGAUGAAUCUGUAGUCUUCAGCUGGUUUAUAAACAUGCAUCUUCAUAAAAUAAACCACAAAUUCAGUUACAGCUAGUAGACAGCUUUACUCACAUUUAUAGACAACAAAUGGACUGAAAUGGACCCGUAUGGCUUGAUAAGCUUCCCUGUGCUAUCCAUCCGUCUGUUUUUGCUAUGUAUGCUGAUAAGCAGAAGAUACUAACGUUGCCAGCUCUUGUAUUUUGGAGAAAUUCCCUCUCAUUUUUAAAUAAUUGUGGAAACAUAACUAAGCUACUCGGUUUACCUUAUAUUUAGUACAAGUUUGGUGCUUGCUUUUUUGUUUGUUAUGCAAUCAUAUAGUUGAUGUAGGCUCUUUUUUUUUUUUUUUUUUUUUUUUUUCUUUGGAAAAGUAAUACACAGAAUAUGCUGACUUCUUGGACAAGACACUGAGAGGUCAUUCUGGCAGAAGUGUCAUGGGUCUUAUGCUAAUGUUUUUGGUGUACUGUUACUGUCCUUAUAGCAGAAACUUGAUGAUCUAAAUGCAAUUCAUGCUUGCUAUUUGGGAGAUGUAAAGUGGAAAGCCAGUUAGUGAAAGGAAAAGAGCAUCCAGAGAAUACAGCAGUGGACACUGUAAGUUGAUAGAUGACAAACAUUUGGAGCUCUUUGGACUUGAUGAUCUUAAAGGUCUUUUCCAACCUAAAUGAUUCUAUGAAUAUUAGUAACCAAAACAUCCCACAAAUUAAAUUUCAUUCUACAGCAAAAUAAUAUUAUUUCAAAUAUUAAUGUAAUCCUGUGUAACUGAUAUUUUGUUACUUUUUAUCUUUUUCAAGGAAAGCAAGCUGAAGAGGAUGGAAUUUAUUGGAAUCCUUUAUGUAGUUGAGUUUUCAGUUAAAACCUGUUUAAGGUUGUCUUUAAGCUACAAUAAAUAUUUGAGCUACCUUUGUGUAGCCUUUUCUACCAUUGUAGAGGACUGGAGGCUUCUCCCAUUUUAGCACAAAUACAUGCAUUUUAUUUCAUCACAAAUAUGCUCACACAAUCAGAAUUAGUUGCAGCUCAUUGCUACUUGGUUAAUGUUCCCAGGUUACUUUUUUGAAGGACAAGAAGUGGACUUCAGUUGUGUUAAGGUUUUCCCAGAUUUCUGUUGACCCUUGGUCACAAGUCUAACAAAUUGUUUAAUACUCUUGGAAUUCAUAUAGACAGCUUUAAAGGUUAGCUUGUGCCCUGGUUUUAAUUAUGACUGCUAAAAUACCUCUUUCUAGGCCUUAUAUUUUGUCCUUUCAUAUUGCUGUAAAAGUGUAUAGAAUCCAUCCACCAACUAAAUAGUUUGUUGUCUGUAAUUGAGACCAAAACUCAGCUUGAUACUUCCCGCCCUCCCCCACCCUGCCGUGUGUGUGUGUGUGUGUGUGUGUGUGUGUGUGUGUGUGUACAUGUAGUGUCACAAAAUAGUACCUACUGAUGCUGCUGUUGCAGGAACAGCAGUUAACCUGUAACUGUGAAUGCUUUACGUCUUAGUUAUUUGGAUAUUACAUAAAUACGGUGUGCUAAACUCCUGUGACUCACGACCUGACAAAAAUACUGUUAUGCCACCUAACAUGAGUUCAUCUGGUUGAUUUUUAGGUCUUUUGCUGGUGUUGAUGUAAAAUGGCAUCCCACAAAUAAACAGUAUUUGUGUUGGUUUCA